UAGUCACUGCGCCUGCUCAGAGCCAGGUGUUUCGUGCAGGGAAAAUGUCGGCAGUGCUGCCACAAGCGCUGGAUCGCGCUGAGAUAACGAAACUCCCAAAAGCUGUUCAAAAUAAACUGGAAAAGCUCCUCUCUGAUCUGCAAUAUGAAAUAGAUUUCCUCAAGGCACACCAUGAGCAAUUUAGAGUCGAUAGUGAACAACAGUUCUUUGAGAAAGUGCAGCGUCUUGAGCAGAGUCAGGAACAGUUUGUGACCCAGACUGAACAGCACCACAAACUCAGAGAGGAGUUCACCAAGAUCGAUGAAGAACUCAAGAGUUUACGGGAAAAUAAUAAAAAGUGUGAAAUCAACCAAGAAAAGGUUACAUCUGAACAGGCCCAGUUCUCUAAAGCCAAAGAUGAACUGGAGUCAGAGAAGCGGGAGCUUGUACAUACACUGGAGAGGAGAUCCCAGGAAGUGGACUAUCUGAGUGGUAUGGAUGAAUAUAUGUGGAGGGAUACACACAUACACACACUUUAUCUAAUGUCUAUGGGAUUUAUUUGCUCAUCAGAGGACCUGCAGCGCCUCAAUGACAAAGUGGCAGAAGUCAAUGCCACAAAAAUGGGGCUGCAGCUCAAGCUGGACGAGCUCGAGUCCUCCGAGGUCAACAUCAAGUACCGUGAGAAGCGUAUGGAGCAGGAGAAGGAGCUGUUGCAGGGCCAGACGGCCUGGCUGAACGGAGAGCUCAAGGCUAAGAGUGAGGAGCUGCUGGCCAUGUCACGCCAGAAGGGCAACGAGAUCCUGGAGCUCAAGUGCAGCCUUGAGAACAAAGAGGAUGAGAUGAACAGAGUCCAGGACCAAGUGAACAGUUUAAAGACUUCAAAUGAAAGCCUUCAGAAGCAGACUGAAGACAUGAUCAUCAAACUGAAAGAGGCUAAGGAGCAGCACGCUAGCAUGGAGGACAAGUUUAGGAAUGAGCUGAAUGCCAACAUAAAGCUCUCCAACUUGUACAAGGGAGCUGCUGCAGACUCUGAGUCCAAGAGUGAGGAGUUGAGUGGGGCUGUAGAGGAGCUGCACAAGCUGCUGAAGGAUGCUGGAGAAGCGAACAAGGCCCUGGAGGUGAAACUGCAGGAGAUGGAUGCCUGUCGGGACAAGGAGGCUGCUGAGCUGAAGUUGAGUAUCUCCAGUCUGGAGAAAGAACUGGACAACGCUAAUGAACUGCUGUCCGACACCAAGCUCAGAGGUGCAGCCUCAGUGCUGUCAGAGGGAACGAUUACCACCAUGUCCCCGACUGCAGCCGCCGUGGCCAAGAUUGUCAAACCUGGCAUGAAGCUGACUGAGUUGUAUACGGCCUAUGUGGAGAGCCAGGAGGAGCUGCAGCUGCAGCGUGUGGAGAACAAGCGGGUGAAUAAGUACCUGGAUGACAUAGUGCAGGAGGUGGAGGACAAGGCUCCCAUCCUCAAACGCCAGAGGGACGAACAUGAGCGCAUGCAGAAAUCUGUAGCCAGCCUGUCGGCCAAGCUGGAACAGGCGGUUAAGGAGGUGCACCGUCUGCAGAAGGUGACUGACGAGGCCAACAAGCGCUCUUCUCUCCUGGAGAGAGACAACCAGAGGUCUGAGGUGCAGCUGGCAGACAUGGCGCAGCAGGUCUGUGUCCUACUCAUUGAGCUGGAGGAGGCGCGUGGCAACCACGUUGCCCCCAACGAGGAGGUGAGCUCUGCUGACAUCAGCAGCACGUCGGAGGUCAUCACACAGCACCUGGUGACGUUCCGUGGCGUGGAGGAGCUCCAGCAGCAGAACCAGCGCCUCCUGGUGGCCCUCCGAGAGCUCAGCGACGCACAGGAGAGAGAUGAGACCGAGACCACAGGCACCAAGCGCGGUGAGCUGGAGCGGAGUCUGGAGAAGGCCCAGGCAGAGCUGGAGGCUCUGAGGGAGCAGCGGAGCCACCAGAUGCAGCUGGCUGAGUCUAUUGUCAGGCAGAGAGACAUGUACCGUGUGCUGCUGGCCCAGGCCACCGGAGUCCGCUUCCCUCAGCAAGGUGCAGCGCCUGAGGAAUUCUCCCUGACCUCCACCCCCUGCUGCUCUCCAGCUGCCACCCCCACCACAGCCACGCCCACUGGAAUCAUUACUAUGGCAACAGAGUCAACCGAGGCGGUGGAGGCCAAGGCAGCCCUCCGGCAGUUGCAGGAGGUGUUCUCCUCCUAUAAGAGGGAGAGGUCUGAGAGUGACAAGGCCCUGGCGGAACAGACUGAGAAGCUACAGGAGCAGGUGUCUGACCAGAGAUCACAGAAUGCCAAGAUAUCCACCCAACUGGAGUUUGCUUCCAAGAGGUAUGAGAUGCUGCAGGGUAAUGUGGAGGGCUACAGGAAGGACAUUGCCUCUUUGAAGGAGAAGGGACAGAAGAUGGCUGCUGCAGCCCAGAAGAAUGAGCAGACUGUUCACACCAUGACCGAGGACCUGAGAGUUGCACAGGAGAAACUCAACAUGGCAGAGGGUCGUGCUGAGAGCCUCAGGAAGGAGAGGGAUAUGCUGAAGCUAGUGGAGUCCAGACUGACCCAGGAGAAAGAGACCAUCCAGACCCAACAACGAGGACAGAACAUGCUGCUCACCAACCUCAAGACCAUACAGGCCACAUUGGAGCGCUCAGAGACAGACACCAGGCAGCACCUGAACGCCCAGAUAGAGAAGCAGGAAAGAGAGAUCGGCCAGCUGCAGAAGAGACUGGAGCACGAGGUGGAGCAACGCCAUCUGCUGGGCAGAAACCAAGAUUUGCAGCUGAUGGAUACCAAGAGGCAGCUAGAGACUCAGAUGGGCCUGCUCCAGAAGACCAGGGAUCAGCUGUGUGCUGCCCAGCUGGAGGUGAACUCUCUCAGGCUGCAGCAGGGCAGUGAAGAAGGCUGUCGUCCGUCCCUGGGCUCCCGAAGCUCCCCGUCCAUUCCCAUGGGCCUCGAAAGCCUCCAGGGUUCAAAAGGGGUCUCUGAGGAUCUGCGUGGCUGCCUGAGGCAGGCCGAGACGCGGGCAGAGGAGCUGGCAGAGCAGCUGAGGACAGCCACCUCCAGCAUGGAGCAGUACAGAGCCAUGGCCCAGAGCCUAGAGGAGUCCAUGGAUAAGGAGAAGCAGGUGAUGGAGCAGGCUCGGUCCUCCAUGGAGGAACGUGUAAAGGAGGCUCAGGAGCAGCACCGUCAGCUGGAUAGGAAGCUCGUGGAGGCAGAGAAGGAGAAGCAGGGCCUGCAGGAGGAGAAGAGGAAAGCCCUGGCCUCCGUGGAGCAGCAGGUGGCUGAGCUGAGGAGGAGUCUGAGCAGUGUGCAGGCGGACCACCAGGAGGCGCUACAGAGGGCAGCAGUGGCAGCAGACCAGGAACAGCAGGCCAUACUGGACAGCCAGGAGCAGGCCAAGCUGGUGUCGGAGGCGCAGGAUAAGUACGAGCGCGAGAUGAUGCUCCACGCUGCAGACGUGGAGGCCCUCCAGGCAGCGACGGCCCAGGUCCUGCAGGCAGCCACGCUCAGACAGCAGCUGGAGGAGAGGGCCCAGAGAGCCUCUGCUCAGCUGCUGGAGGCCAGAGUCUCCUGGGAGGAACAGGAGAAUAUCCUCAAGGAGGAGAUGUCUAAGGUGGUGUCUCGCUCUGAGGAGCUGCAGAGGCAGAACAGCCUCCUCCAUGAACAGAUUCAGACCAUGAGCAGCAAGAUAGCCGCCACCCUGCAGCACCAGGCCAACGAGAGCCCUCUGAACAUCUCCCUCACUGAGCAGGGCAGGUCUCAGGACCAGGUCCUCGAGAUACUCAGGUUUGUGCGCCGGGAGAAGGAGGUAGCGGAGUCACGGUUGGAGGUGGCCCAGGGAGAAAGUCGUCGCCACAGGCUGAGAGUGGAGCACCUGGAGAGAGAGCUGAGAGAACUACAGGAGAGCCUUAGUGCUGAGAGAGAAAGGAUGCAAGUGACAGCGAAGACCCUGGCUCAGCACGAUGAGCUGAUGAAGAAGACUGAGACCAUGAGUGUCCUGAUGGAGACCAACAAGAUGCUGAGGGAGGAGAAGGAGGGGAUGGAGCAGGAGCUGCAGCUGACACAGGCUAAAGUGCGUAAGCUGGAGUUGGACGUAAUGCCCAUGCACGAGUCCAACGCUGAGCUGAGUGAGAAGAGCGGCAUGCUGCAGGCAGAGAAGAGGAUUCUGGAAGAGGACAUCAAACGCUGGAAGGCCAGAACACAGCACCUGGUGAGCCAGCAGAAGAACACAGACUCAGAGGAGUACAAGCGUCUCCACUUCGAGAAAGAGGCUCACCUCAAACGCAUCCAGCAACUCACUGAGGAGACAGGCAGGCUCAAGGCUGAGGUGGCCAGGAGUGGUGGGUUCGUGACGUCCCUGCAGAGCCAAGUGCAGAUGCUGCGUGAAGGCCUGGGGAAGGCGAGCUCUGAGCGGGAUGCUCUCAGGAGGGACGUAGAGGCCAAGAACCUGGACAUCCAGGAGAAGUUCUUCACCAUCACUCAGGUCAGGAAGAUCGGCCGCCGCUACAAGACCCAGUAUGAUGAGCUCAAGGUUGAGCACGACAAGAUGGUGGCAGAGGCAGCAUCCACACCAGCCCAGGAGCAGGAGGCCCAGCAGGCCUCAGUGCAGGAGCUCCAGGGUCUGAGAGACUCCCUGGGACAGGCUGAGACCCGGACUAGAGAACUGGAGGGACAGCUGGACAACCUCAACAAGGUGGUGGGUGAGCGUGAGGCAGAGGUGCGUGGGGCCGAGGAGCAGACCUCCGGGCUGCAGACAGAGCUGACCAGGUUGAGACAGGAGCUGCAGGAGAAGGCCUCCCAGGAGGACACCCUCAAACAGCAGAUGUCUGAGAAGGAGGAGAAGACCAGGAAAGCCUUAGUAGGGGCCAAGCAGAAGAUCAACCAGCUCAUGGGCUCCAAGGACCAACUGCAGAAGGAGAACGAGGAGCUGAAGCAACAGAAGGAGGAGCUGGAGGUCAGGGUCAGUGCUCUGAAGUCUCAGUACGAGGGCCGUCUGAGCCGCCAGGAGAGACACGGAGAGCAGAGGGACGAGGCUCCUGAACAGGGCCUCAGCAAGGCCCAGGAACAGCAGAGGACCACAGAGCAGAGAGGACCACUGAAGACCACCCCAGCUGCAGACAGGGGCAGCGCCAGUACCUCAGAGCCCCCCACUGCCAACAUCAAGCCCACCCCUCUGGGGGCCCAGGGCCAGAGCAAGCCCCCUGCCAACCCCGGGAACAAGUCCACCCCCCGGGCCAGCAUCCGGCCCAUGAUCACCCCCGCCACCGUGCCCACCCCCACUCCUACUGCUACCGUCAUGCCCACCACACAGGUGGAAAACCAGGAAGCCAUGCAGUCUUCUGAGGGCUCGCUGGAGCAUGUGACCGUGUAUGGCAGUGCCAGCGGUUCAGUACGGUCAACCAGCCCCAACGUUCAGACCACCAACCCAAUGCUGGCGGUCCAGCAGACCCAGACCACAGCCUUCGUCCAACCAACACAGCAACAGAGCCUGCCCCACACUGAACCAGCCAAUCAGGAGCAGCCCCUGGCCCCAGUCGUCAUUGAAGCUGCACCCAGCUCGCAAGUGGAGAGGCCAUCGACGUCCACAGCUGUGUUUGGGACAGUUUCAGCCACCCCAGGGACAUCCUCUAUGUCCAAGAGACCUCGUGAGGAGGAGCAGGACACCUCUACGGUGACUGACACAGACACCCCCCAGGAGGACCCCUCUGAACCCCCCAUCCCCAAGAAGCUACGCAUCAUCCAGAGGGUCGACCCAGAGGAGCCAGAGGCCCAGGAGGUGGUGCUGGCUGAGAGCAGUACAGUGGUGGCCCCAGAGACCAGCCAGCAGGUGGUGGUGGAGUACCCAGUACUAGAGGAGGCUGAUGCGGGGACAGCGUCUCAGUCUGUCCCCGUAGUGCUACUCCUGUCCCAGCCCACAGAGGUCACAUUCUCAUACGACUCCCCCGAAGAAUCCCCUCAGCACGACGUCAUCGUCAUAGUGACUGACUCGGAGAGCGAGGAUGAACAGGAGGAUGAGGAGGAAGAGGAACAGGACUAUGAUGAAGAUGACGAGGAAGAUGAGGAGGAUGAAGAGAUGGGAGAUGAGGGAGAGGAGAGCAACGAAGGUAGCGGAGAUGGCAAUGAGGCAUUCGAAGGCGACUACAGAGAAGGUGCUGAUGUGACAGACCCAGGCACGGAGACGGAGGAGAGUCUAGGAGCAUCGGACUCCACUCAGCGCCCGGCCGACUCCCAGACACACAGCUUCGAGGGCAGCAGCAGUAUUCAAGCCUUCUCCAGUGAACCAACCAGCUCUGCUCCCGGAAUGCCCUGGUCACCACGGAGGGCACCCCACCUGCUGCCCCCCCGGCUCAACAUGACCCAGGAACUGGGCCCCCCCGCUCGGGUACAGCGCCCCAUGCGUCGCCAGUCUGUAGGCCGAGUCCCUCAGCUCAACCUUGGGAUGGCCAUCAGCGGACACUACUGUGACGAUGACGACAGGAUGGUGCCACACUGCUCUGACGGCUUUGCAGAAGCUAUCCAUUCUCCCCAGGUGGCUGGUGUUCCUCGGUUCAGGUUCGGCACCCCAGAGGACCUGAUGUCCCAGACCACCUCCUCCCACUCUGACCUGGGACAGCUGGCAUCACAAGGAGGUCUGGGGAUGUAUGAUAGUCCUCUGUUCCUGCCAGGUCAUGAGGAUGAGUCUGGGGGUCGCAGUGUUCCCACCACACCCCUGCAGGUGGCUGCCCCAGUGUCCAUAUUCGCAGUGGGCCUGCCCUCUGACGGCACUGAACACUCCUCCCAGUCUGUUCCCAUGGUAACCACCUCUACCCCGGGCCUGGCGGUGGCCGGAGGACCCAGUCCUGGGGACGAGAGGGAUGAUGUCUUCAUGGAGCCUGAGGGAGACCGUGUGGAGGUGUCUCUGGAGCCUGUGGCGUCUCAGGCAGGGGAGAUGGAGGUACCUGCCCAGCCCUCAGAUGACGUAAGCCUGCCUUCUACCAGUAAGGAACCCUCCUCCAGCUAUGCAGACACUAGUAGCACUCAGCCCAAACCCUCUAGACCAGGACCCAGCCGACAGCUCCAACGCUGGACAGAGAACCGUAUGAGGAGAGGUACAUUGCCAUCACGGGGUGUAACUGGGACUGGGAGGAGAUUCGCCAGAUAAACAACCAAUCAGAGCUCCUGCCCCGACAUAAUUCCUGUCUCCAUGGCGCUACAAGAUUGGUCACCAUGGUUCCAAAGAGAACACCCGCGGUCACCAUAAAUCAAAAUGACAUAUUGCGUUUUAGAAUCGGUUCUAGUCAUGAUGGAUCACCUGAUCAUUUCAUUAAAGUUGAUUAAUCAUAUUUUUUUGUACUUAAAGUUUGUAAGCUGAGUCCUUGCUAAAGCAUUGUUUUGUUGGUUUUAUGAAUAAUAAAGUUUGCGAUCUGUGAGAAUAG